UGUAGUAGGGAAUUGUAUUGGUGGUGCACGCUGUUACUGAGACGUGAUGUCUGUUUUACAAGCGGGUCGUAUACUAUCUCCUUUAGGAGUCCACUUCCACAAUGUGUGUCGGAGUGUUCUCUUCAUGCAAACGCGAGAUAAGAAGCGAUGGAUGAAAUCGUAUAUGUUUUUGAUGGAAAGAAAAAGAAAACUUGAAGGACCACCGCCACCAACUCCCCGCUCUCACCAGCCGAACUGGGACUAUCAUGCAGAAAUUCAAGCCUUCAACGCUAGGCUCCACGAGAAUGUUUCCCUCGAUCUCCUCAAGACUGCCUUUGUUAACCCUUGCUACAUCCGGUCUGAAGAGCUGAACCGUAAGGAGCUGGGUCUGGAUAAGGAGGCCGUCGCUCUCAAUCUGAAAAGCAACGAAGAGCUCAGCAGCCAGGGCCUGCAGUUCACUCAAAGUUACCUUGCUGACUGGUGCAGAGGCACCUACCCAAGCUUGCCAGCAGAGGGCGUGGGCGCCAUUGUGAAGUAUUUGUGUGAGCCGGACACCGUGUGCCAUGUGGCAAGAAAUCUGGCUGUGGAGGACCUCACACUGAGUGCCCAGUUCCCUGUGCCAGAUGAUGUGCUGCACAAGACCUUUUUUGCUGUGGUAGGAGCACUGCUUCAGAGCAGUGGGCCACAGAAAGCUGGGUAUUUUAGCCGGGAUUUCUUAGUAACCCAGCUGAUUGGCAAAGAUCUGUUUGAGCUCUGGAGGGUCUUUAACCCAAUGGGUCUACUGGUGGAGGAACUGACCCGCAGGGAGAUCUCUCUCCCAGAGCCCAGGAUAACAAGACAGGCCGGAGUCAGUACUGUGCUUCCUCUCUACUUCGUUGGGCUGUACAGUGAUAAGAAGCUGAUCGCCGAGGGACCCGGUGAGACCAUUCUUGCUGCAGAGGAAGAAGCAGCAAGAGUUGCACUCCGCAAGAUCUAUGGCUACACAGAGAACAGGCGCCCCUGGGACUUUUCCACACCAAGAGAGGAGACAACAGCAGCCCAAGCCAUCGGCAGCAGUUAGACAGCCGACAGUGCUGCAGCUGUACUUGGGCUGUAUAAUAAUCAUCUGUUCCAUGUGGAGAGGGUGAACGUGCUCAGGUCUACGUUAUUUGUAAAUGGACACAAAUCUAUUGUCUGUUAAGUCUCCAGUUUUUUUCAAAGGAUUAAUACCGAUCUUGUGAAUUUCUUGAUUGUUCAUUGAUAUUUGUGAGAGCGUUCAGAUUUUUAAAAAAAUACACUUCAAAAUGAUCAUGAGCAGAUGGUGGGUGUAUAUUAACUGGAAGGCAGUGUGUUCCAAGUGUACUUCAGUUUUAUUGUCACAGAUAUUCCCAUUCUGUAAAACAUUAAAUAGAACAACAAAAGUGAA